AUGGUUAUAUCCGCUGAAGAUGUGGUUGUUCAUGACUGCAGAAAACCCAGUAUCAUUCUACGAGAACAGUAUCAUAUUCACAUCCGAGAGGUGUUUGAUACGCAGAUCGCAUACCACUUGAUUCAACAACAGGAGUCGGACAGAACGGUGCCUUUCGGUCCGCUGAAGCAACUGAACCUGCUGCCGAUCCCAUUUACUCAGUUGCAGCAAGUAUACGAUCCGGUCGGCUUUGUGAACCGACAGCCUCCUCCGCCAACCUGGUCGACGAGGCCGGUCACCGAUGAGGUGCUAUCCGUCGCAUCUGAACAGGCGCUCAGUCUUCUGCCUACGAUAUACAGAAGGAUCAAUCGACUUUUGUCUCCCAAAUGCAUGGGGCGAUUUUAUCGAUUAUGUCAGGAGUCGGUCACCGCACCGUCUAACAUAAUUCCUACGAUACCUGAUAAAAUGGUGAGUAACGAUUUACCUGCUUAG